AUGUCACGAGCAGAAAAGAUGGAGGCCCGGGAGCGCGAGAUUGUCGAAGCCAUCGCCAACGUUCAAGACGAAGCUACCCAGAUCGACAUCCUCAUGAAGAAGCGAAGAUGCUUCGGACCCGCCCUGGACGGAGAGAGCAAAUUCUAUCCAAUCGUGCAAGACUAUGUGAACAGCGAUGUCAAGUCAGAAGACGCUGCAAAGAAACUCCUCACACCCAUCAACGACGCUAUUCUGCAGAACAGAAAGAACCUAAACUUGCUCGACCUCUGGUACUCGAUAAUCCACUCAGCAAAACGACUCCCUUUCCGGGAUACUACCGGCCUCAAUAAACUCGUCACCCUCAUCAAGGCAAUAAAAUCUAGCUUUCCGCCCCCAACAGCCAAAGACCAAGACAUCUACACGUGCCUACGCGACUUCGGCAUGGCUGCCCGCGAGACUAUGAAUGAUUCUCCAGGUUGCGGCUCCGGCUACCUGCUCCCAGAAGUACACGCCUACACUAACAUGAUCUACUUCUACGCUCUCCUGACGGUUGAGGAAGUCAGGAACUUUUGGAUCUAUUGCAUCUGGGAAAUGCGCAGCGCACUCGAGACUCCACACGAAGACGACGCGCCAGAUGGGUCUCACCACAGCGGAACGGCAAUACAAAAGUACAAUGCUACUAUUCCUUCAGCCGCGGUGUGGAUCUUUGCUGCGGGUAAGCAGAUUUACGAAAGGGAGUACGAUCUCACUCCGAAAAGUAAAACGGAGGGCAAUCCAGGUAAAGGCGGACCGCUGUGGGAAGGGAAGCCAGAAUUCAGUAAGCAGAGGUGGGCGCUCUGGAAGAAGAGGUUUGGAGAACUUGCUGACAUGGAGGGCUUGACGGAAGAGGUCAAGGGCAUUGCAAAAGAGGCUACUGAGGCUAUGGAUAGAAUUGAUGGUGGGGCAAAGUAG